AUGGACUCUUCUUCAAAUACCACUUGUUCUCAAUACGAUCAAAGACACAGUAGACCUAGCACAUCUAAAAAGGAAUCAUCGCAUACACGCCAUCAGUACAACAUGAAGCCUAUUCAUCAUCGACGAAAAAAAGAGUACGUUGAGCAACAAGAGGAGCAACCACCAUCUCAACAUACGGCAUCAUCAACAACAACACCACCACCACCACCACCACCAGCAGCAGAUCCUGAUCUAUCAGCUGACACACAUCGGUAUUUUGCAGAGGCCCGAUCCACACCGAUCAUGUAUUCGACUUGCUCACUGCACUCGUCUACAUCCACAUCCUCCGCUUCCUCAUUGGAAUACAACAAUGCUGGGGUAAAGAUGACCAACAGCAAUGGCCACCAAAAAGCAGAUGAUAAUCGGUCUUUAUGCUCUGCGCAUUCAUUCACAGCUGCACAACAGCAACAGAUGGAGUAUUUGAACAACCGACCUGGAUCUUCCAUGACAACCACGCAUAGCUCAACAAGGAAUCAAACCUUCUAUUUUGGCACACCGCUUCCACCACAAAAACAGCAGCCUUAUCAAUACCAUGAUCCCACAUGGUAUUGCGGCGAUGAAUCCAAUACGCCGCCAUGGCAAACACCUGUCACCCUCUCUCAAUCACAACAGCCAAGCGCCAGUGGUAGUAAAAGCGCAUUCCUCACAAGGAAAAAAGACAUGUUCCUACAGUCCAAUGCCAACCAUCGCCGUCGACUCAGUGAGGGCGGGACCAGCAUCAAAAGCGCUUUCAGUACGGGACGCCAAACCAUUAAAUCUUGGCGACAGAAAAGAAUCAACCUCAUGAUGAAACAACAUCAGUUGCCUGAUUUUGAGACAAAGGCAUUCUGUGAGGUUUGCGAAAAGUACAUUCAAACACGAAUAAGGUAUCGAAAUGGAUCCAUGGUGUGGCUCAUGUCAUUUAUUCUACUCCUAUGCACCGUUGUCUUAUUUUGGGUUCCAUUUUACGUCAAGUAUUUCAAAGAUGUUGCUCACUUUUGUCCUGGCUGCGGGAAGCAAUUAGGCGUAUCCUAUCGCUUGUAA